AUGUUCGACAUCUCACAACUAGAGGAGUGUCCGACUUUGCGGCCCACUCAGACCGAGUUCAGGGACCCUAUUGGCUACUUGUCUCGUCCCGAUAUUAAGAAUCUCGGAUAUCACUACGGGAUCGUGAAAGUGGUGCCUCCCACCGGGUGGACUCCGCAAUUUCUGCUUUCACUGGAUUUCCGCUUCCAUACCAGGUUGCAAAAGUUGAGUGAUUUAGGCAUUAGGAGUCGUUCUAGGAAGUUUUUCACCGAGAACCUCAAUCGGUUUUUGACCAUGAGAAGAAGAAAACCGUUGGAGUUGAGUUUUCUGGUCAACAGUAAAACUAUCUGGUACUACGACUUGUUCGUUCAAGUUGACAAUCUUGGUGGCUAUGCCAACUUGAGGUGGAGCGACUGGCAAACAAUAAACCAUCAUUUUGGGGUGCACAAAGAUUCCAUCUACUUGCAAAAUGAGUACUUUGUCAGUAUCAAGGCGUACGCCGAGUUUCUCAACAGCAACUUGUCCAGUACCCUUCCCGAGUCCGACUCGGAAGACGAAUUGGAGAACUGUUUGUUGUGUGGGCAGAACCACUCUCCGGAUGAGACAUUAUUGUGUGAAAACUGCGAUAACCCCUACCAUAUACGGUGUUUAGGACUUGAAAAGGUGCCCAGUGGAACCUGGUACUGCAAAAAGUGUCUUGUGGGAACAGGAGAGUAUGGGUUUGAAGAGGAGGUGGAUAGGAAGUUCUCUCUUGGAGAGUUUUUUGAACACUCAACCAAUUUCCAGAAGCAGUUUUUUAGUGAGUAUGGUCCUAUGGGCCUAGCAGAGAUCGAAAAGAAGUUUUGGGAGUUUGUGGAAGUACAGAGAAGUGAUAUCGAGGUUCGGUAUGGGGCAGAUAUCCACAACUUGAAGCCGGGGCAGAUAUCGGGGUUCCCCAUGAAGAGCACCCCUCCUCGAAUCAAAGCGUACUUUGAUGAGGUUGAAUUUGACAAAUAUGCCGGCCACCCCUUCAAUUUGACGAAUCUCCCGUACUCCAAGGGCUCACUCUUGAACUACAUUAAGCAUUCCAUCUCGGGAAUGACGGUUCCGUGGAUAUACGUGGGAUCUUUACUUUCUACAUUCUGUUGGCAUGUGGAAGACCACUACACCUUAUCGGCCAAUUAUUGUCAUUUUGGCUCCACCAAAAAAUGGUACGGGAUUCCUGCCAGCGACUCUUCUAAGUUUGAGGCGCUCAUGAGAAGCACAGCUCCAGACUUGUUCAAACGUCAACCUGAUCUUUUGCAUCAGUUGGUAUCGUUAUUGUCACCCAUGCAAAUUGUUGCCAAUAACAUAAAGUGCUAUUACGCCAACCAGAACCCCAACGAGUUUGUGAUAACUUACCCAAAAGUGUACCAUGCCGGGUUUAACUCGGGUUUCAAUGUCAAUGAAGCUGUGAAUUUCACAAUGGAAAUGUGGUUGGAAUACGGCGAGGCCUCUAUUUCAGACUAUAAGCUUAUCAAGAAAGAAAACGUAUUUAACCAUUUCAAGUUGAUGGAAAAUGUCUUGUUGAACUUCAGCGUGGGUAAGGAGAGUAACAUUGACUUGGUGAGGCGGUGUCUUUCUAGUUAUAAACAGUUUAUUGCCCGAACCAAGAUGUCGUUGAAGGCUCUUGAUAAGAAUUUCGAGCUUGAGGACUUGAGCAACGUCAUCUCUUAUGAAAAUUACUUGGAGGAAGACAAUAAAGACGAAGUGGAUGAGGAGGAAUUAUGUGACAUAUGCCAAACUCAUAUCUCCCACAUCUUCUGUGUCUACAAUAAUCGGAAGCACCGAUUUAAUGAAAUUGCAGUCGAAGACUCCAAAACAACCAAGAUUUCCAUCAACCAGCUCCUAACUCCAGAAUCGUCACCUCUAGAAGUACGAAUUGCAAAGUUUGACCGUAUUCAAGAUAAAGAGCACAAUGUUCUAGAAUCUUGUGACUUACUACUAGAUAUUACUUCUAGUAGCAGAAGCAAUCUAACCAACAUUAAAAGCGAGAUGAACCCGGGAAGAAACCUUCGUAAAUCCAACCGGAUCAUCAAGCCCAAAAAGGAAGUGCACCUGAUGAAGUCCAAAAUGUCCAUUAUCAACCAUAGUCAUAGUAUGAACGAUUUGAACAGUAAGAUUGAGAUUCAUCUAUGCUUAGAUUGUGCUAAAAAGUUUGCGGACGUUCCUACGAAGUCGCAAUUGGUGGUUAAUAUCACCACCGAAGAAAUGGAGAGAUUUGCCCUGUCAAUUGAGGUCCUUCUACCAUAA